AUGUCUUCCAAACUCCAACGCAGCGUCCUCGUCACCGGUGGCACUGAUGGACUAGGCUAUCAUUGUGCAUUAACCAUAGCUCGUGAAUUUCCUCACUACCAAGUCAUAAUCGCAUCACGCUCAGACCCCAAGGCCUCCGCCGAAGGCAUGAACAAGCUCCUCAAUCAAGAGAAUGUUAAGUUCCUACGUCUCGAUCUGUCCUCUCUUUCCCAAGUCCGUGCCUUUGCAGCAGACUGGGAAACCAAUCAGUUCCCGCCAAUCCAAUCCCUUGUCUUCAACGCAGCCCUACAGUUUCCUGGGAGAGUGGAGUACACUGAAGAUGGAUUCGAGAAAACCUUCGCAGUCAGCCACAUUGGGCACGCACUCCUGUUCUCCCUCCUUCAGCGCCAUCUCGCCGAAAAUGCACGCAUCGUGAUCGUAUCUAGUGGAACACACGAUCCUGCUCAGAAAUCCGGUCUAUCUGACGCGAAGUAUACAUCCGCCGAAGACCUCGCGCACCCGUCUCCCCUCUCAGCAAAAGAGAACGGGCGCCAGAGAUAUGCCAGCACUAAGCUAGCUAACAUUCUCUAUAUGUAUGCUCUACACAGACGCUUUUCUUCCGUCAAUGAGAAGAGCGGGAAGCAUUGGACGGUCACAUCGCUGGAUCCUGGUCUUAUGCCGGGGACUGGCCUGGCACGAGAAGCGAACAUAAUAAUAAAGUUUCUCUGGCUGCGUGUCUUGCCGAACAUUAUUCCGCUUUUGCGGCUGCUUAUUUCGCCGAAUACCCAUACUCCUCAGGAGUCUGGGGCCGCGCUGGCUAGGUUGGCUGUGGCCGAUGACGUUGAGGGGGUUAGUGGCGUGUACUAUGAGGGUUUGAAGGAGAUUAAAUCUAGUGAGGUGAGCUAUGAUCGGGCAAAGCAGGACGAUCUGUGGGGGUGGACAGUUGAUACUAUGGCCCGUGAUGAUCGGGAGAGGAUGGCUUUUAUGUUGGAUUAG